GAUCGUACCGACGGAGCCUGCUUAUACUGCGUAGCUCAGAUACAACCCCUCGCUAAGUCAAGCACAAGAUGUAACCGGGACUGGAAUUCUACGUCUGAUUCGAAGCUUCUGACAGACGAAGAGGAAGAAGAAGCAAGUUUUUCAGCUAAUUUAGUGUCCCAAGAAAUAAAGUUGCAAUCUGACCUGACUGCAGCACAGUACACAAUAUCUAUGCUCAGGAAAAAGGUCGCAGAGUUGAAAAAACAGAGUCUGAACAUGAUUCCUCUCAAGGUUCAUGAUGAGAUGUUACAGAGGUCCACUGACCGUGCUCUUCUCGCUGAACGGAAAGUAUCCGUGCUAGAACAAGAGGUCAAGAUGUUAAGUGCACAGCGAAGUGAACCUCAGAUAUUCACUUUACCUGUGAUGCCUCCAAUAUCAGAAUCACCCAGUGAUGAUUACGAAGAACCUCACCGUGAACCUCAUCAUAGCCUCGGUGAGGAGACCGACAAACCACCACGUGUACCAUCAAGGUCACAGGGGUUAGGGGUCAUGCCAUCUGUGAUCACGUCCUCAACGCGUGAUCGCACCAAGAAGGUCAAUGACCACACCAAUGACCUGAACAGACAUGGCACAACUGGAAAGCAUACUCUUGUUCUUGCCAAUGGACAUGCCAAUAUCCAUGACAGACAGCAGUCAUCCCCAAGGACACUUCCGGUUUCGACCUACCCACGUGGCAUCAGUGUGAUGCCUUCGGUGGUUCCUCAGCCGGUCAUGCCAUCCAUUGCGACAGUCAGGUCAACAACAAAGAACGGCCACUUUGAGGGAUAUCCUGAACCGCACGUUACCAACGGCUCAAAGACACACGGACGCAGUUCCAAGCAGUCCGCCAAGGCAUUCCGCAAGAACAACGGUACUGUUCACUACAUAUCCGCAAGUAGUAAGAUCGAGCGUCUGGUAGCACAACCGAAGGCUCGUCGAAGACCAAGUGUACAUUCCCUGGUUACUCAAUCCAUUAUGAACCUUGAUGAUCAACGAGAACGUGAACAUUUGGAGGAAGAAGAGCGAAAAUGUCUUCAGGCUGAACGGGAAGAGAUGGAAAGACUCGAGCGGGAACGCGUAGAGAUUCUUAACAAGGAAAACAAAGCAUCAACCUAUAAAGGAAGGUUUAGGAAAACAACGAAGGCUUCUAAAGGAGGCCGAUCUUUUCUAUCUCGUAUCAACACUUCAAAUCCUUGUUGA